AUGCAAGACGAGCAUGCGAGGCCUGGCAGUGGCUUCGAGAUCCCCCUGCGCAGCGGCCACAACCAGUAUCAGCGGGUCCCAGACGACGCCGUUGCAGCCAGGAGGCGCGACCACCUGCGCUCGAGGACCCGAGCCGUGUUCGGCCAUGGGCGCCUGGCCGAGAUGGACAUCAUGCUCGAGCCGAGGAACGGGAGUGUACCUCUGGCCUCGCUUGGCUUCCGCGCCGACGACCCCGGCCUCACGAAGACUCAGGACUGCCUGCUGUCUCCGAAGGACUCGUGGUUCCUAUGUGUGUGGGACCUGUACCUGGCAGCGCUGCUGGUCCUCGUCGCAGUGCUCGCGCCCUACGAGACAGCCUUCCUGGUGCCCCGGCUGGACGGGCUGUUCGUUUUUAAUCGGUUCGUCGACCUUUGUUUCUUUUUUGAUAUGGUCCGCAAG